GUGCGCUCACCAACCCGCAUAUACUCGUGUAUCGUAGUAUCUAUUUAUUUAUUUAUAAGUUUCUUCUAUCAAAGCUUUCUCCACACACAAACAACAAUGGCUUCUACCUCAUUUCUCAAAUCGUUGAGUCGUGCUUUGCAUGCUCCAACAUCACCGCGAUUCAGUAUCUCACACAGUUCCAUCAUCUUCUCAAGAAUCUAUUCCUCUUUCACCACCCAUGUCCAACCCCAAACCAACCUCGACAGUCUCAAUAUUGCCGAGGAUAUUACAGAGCUCAUAGGAAAAACACCGAUGGUUUACUUGAAGGGUGUCACGAAGGGUUGUGUUGCUACUAUUGCUGCAAAGCUUGAGCUUAUGGAACCAUGUUGUAGUGUCAAAGACAGGAUCGGUUAUAGCAUGAUACUUGAUGCUGAGCGAAAAGGACUCAUAACACCCGGAAAGAGUAUUUUGGUGGAACCUACUGGUGGGAACACAGGAAUUGGUCUUGCCUAUAUAGCAGCUACUAAAGGAUAUAAACUCAUUUUGACAAUGCCUAUUUCAAUGAGUUUAGAGAGAAGAAUUCUUAUGAGAGCAUUUGGAGCUGAACUUGUUUUGACUGAAUAUUCUAAGGCAAUGAGUGGAGCAGUUCAAAAAGCUGAAGAAAUUGUAAAAAAUACACCUAAUGCGUUCAUGCUUCAACAAUUUGAUAAUCCUUCAAAUCCUAAAGUACAUUAUGAGAAUACUGGACCAGAGAUAUGGGAAGAUACAAGAGGUAAAGUAGAUAUUUUAGUUUCCGCAAUUGGAACUGGUGGAACCCUUUCUGGAACAGGUCGAUUUCUAAAAGAACAAAAUCCAAACAUUAAGGUUAUUGGUGUAGAACCUCUAGAAAGCAACAUACUUAACGGUGGAACACCAAGACCUCACAUAAUUCAAGGUAUUGGAUCUGGUUUUGUGCCUAAGAAUUUGGAUAAAGAAGUCCUUGAUGAAGUUAUAGCGAUAUCAGGUGAAGAAUCUGUCAAAACUGCAAAGACAAUAGCGCUUCAAGAAGGCUUGUUGGUGGGAAUUUCUUCUGGUUGUGCUGCAACUGCUGCAUUGCAGGUUGCAAAGAGACCUGAAAAUGAAGGAAAGCUUAUCGUGGUUAUAUUUCCAAGCUUUGGGGAAAGAUAUUUGUCUACUUCUCUUUUUGAAGAAGUACGAGAAGAAUGUGAGAAGAUGGAACCAGUGCCAUGAAACAAUUUUAACUAUUUCAUGUUUAAGACUUAUUCUCACUUGCAUUUCUUACAAGAGGUCGAUGAUACCCUCAAGAUAUUUAGGUAUAUAGUCUAUAGCUUUGUCUUUAGAUUAUACUAGCACUACAAUAACAAAACUUUUUUUUUACGUUAGUUAAAAAUGGGGGUUAACCUCGGAUCUAGGAUUCAUUGAGGAGAAAUACUUAAUGAUUAUGGGUUUGAUUAUGGGUUUGAUUCUCUUUUGUGAUUUGCAACCAGUCGUUGAACACCUAUAGUUAGAACAUCA